AUGCGCCCUUUUACAUCGGGCCUCCGCCCAUUGAACACUGUUGUGUCGCAAGCUCAAUCAUACACCUCCAUCGCGCGCACACCCUCAUCGCGCUUCCUGUCAACUCAAAUCACUCGCCCGCGCUCUACAAUUCCUUCUUCGCUUUCUCCCCCUCAGCGCAUCUUGACCCACACCCAAUUCCGAGCCAACUCAAGUGCCGCUCGCCCUCUCACUGCAGCACCCCCGAGCCAGACAGACACGGACGCCGAGCGCGCAGCACAGAAUGAAGAGCGACGUAAGAACGAAGAAGCAUACCGCAUUACCUUCACUUGCAAACCUUGCGGUCAUCGCUCUGACCACCGCAUGUCGAAGCAGGGCUACCACCGGGGAACCGUCUUGAUUCAAUGCCCUGGGUGCCAAUCGCGCCAUGUCAUGAGUGAUCAUCUGGGUGUCUUCUUUGAUAAAAAGACAACUUUGGAGGAUUUGCUCAAAGAGAAGGGUCAGACUUUGACGCAUGGCCAUACCGACGGUAACCUGGAGUUCUGGGAUGAUGGAUCUGUGAAGAGCUUCAACUCGGAUGGCAACAACCAGAUUGAGUCUCCGAAGGAAAAGUCUUGA